AUGAGGGCGCCAGAGAGGCGGGGUCAGCCGCUGUCCCACCGUCCGUGGGCUUUGCCAGCCCUGCUGCUGGCGCUGGCCUUGCGCGGGGCGGCGGAUACACCCACGUUCCCCCCGCCGCGCCACUACACGCAAUUCUGGAACUACCUGGAGCGCUGCCGCUACUGCAAUGUCAUCUGCGGGGAGCAGGAGGAAGAGGCGCGGCCCUGCAGCGCCACCCACAACCGCGCCUGCCGCUGCCGCCCGGGCUUCUUCGCACACUCCGGCUUCUGCCUGGAGCACAAGCUGUGUCCACCCGGCACCGGCGUAGCCGCCCCGGGCACCCCCAGCCAGAAUACGCAGUGCCAGCCUUGUCCCGCAGGCACUUUCUCAGCCAGCAGCUCGAGCUCGGAGGAGUGCCGCCCCCACCGCAACUGCACGGCUCUGGGCCUUGCCCUCAACGUGCCAGGCUCCUCCUCCUGGGACGCCCAGUGCACCAGCUGCGCUGGCUUCCCGCUGGGGCCCGGCGAGCCAGGGACCGAGGAGUGCGACCUUGCUGUCAUCGACUUCGUGGCUUUCCAGGACAUCUCCUUCAAAAGGCUACAGCGGUUGCAGCAGGCCCUAGGGGGCCCAGGGGAUCAGGGCCUGUCGCCAUCCAGGGAGGGCCGUGCGGCCUUGCAGGUGAAGCUGCGAAGGCGGCUGUCUGAGCUCCGCGGGGCGCGGGAUGUGCCACUACUCCUGCAGCUGCUGGCCGCGCUGCGCUCUGCAGGGUUGCCAGGGCUGGAGCGGAGCAUCCGCGCUCGCUUCCUCCCAGCCGGCUGAGCCACAGCCUGAUCCCAGUCCCGUGCCAGCAUGGGCCUCAACCGCACCGAAGAGAUUUCUCAAAGUUUAUUUUAUAAAGCCAUUUCUUAAUCCUGUUGUCCUCAAGUUGUGCCU